AUGGUGCUUACAUUAAUCAUUAGCAACAUUGGUCUUACUGUUGGGCACCACAAAUACUAUGUUGGCGACAAUCAGCAAUGGACUUAUAAAAUGACCUCCAAUUGGUCCAACGGCAAGAAAUUUUAUGCAGGAGAUAUUCUAGUGUUCAAGUACAAUCCCGGUGAGCACAAUGUGAUAAAGGUGAAUGCGGAAGACUAUACAUUUUGUCGAGUGCCGGCUAAUGUGAAGGUCUAUGAAUCUGGAAAUGAUCAUAUCAAACUCAAAAGGGGCGACAACUACUUUAUUUGUGGCAUCUUUGGUCAUUGCGGCAUUGGAAUGAAGAUAGCCAUCAAGGCUUAUUGA